ACACUGCUGCGCAGACGAAAAUGGCCUAAAGCGUCGUCGUUUCAUCAAAUGUUUAAUUCGUUAUUGUUUCUCCUCCUCUUCGCACCGCAUUAGUUACUAAUAGAAAUAAAUGCAAAAUGGCUGUCUAACGUUAAAGAGCAGCGACCGCCGAAGAUCGUGGAAAUGUGCAAGAAAAGCGGCUCGCAAGGCAAUUGAAAAGCGCGUGAAAAUGUAGCAAAGACUUUAUCGCGAAAAGGAAAAUCGGUGCAAAGGGAAAAACAAAAACCAAGGAAAAUACAGCCAAACGCGAAUGCGAAUGUGAAGGCAAAGUAAGCGAAAAGUCCCCCAACUUUUUUGGGGAGUAUCGAUAUCGAGUGCACUAUAUACAUAUAUUGAAGCGGUGCAGCGACAUAAAAACGCGAUAGACCCCAACGCAGGUCGACCGAUAAGCGAAGAAGCCAACUGAACCUGAUCGUCGGCGAUAUAUCUUUGAUAUAGAAGGCACAUCCGGAAAAUCCGGAGUGAGCAUGUCGCAUGGUGGAGCCGGUGGCAGUCUGGGAGCACAAACUGUGGGUGCCGGCCAACUUGGAGGCGGUGCAGCGGCAGCGGGCGGUGGAGAAUACCGCGAACUCCACUGGACAGUCUCGAGUGUAAUGGACUCGUCACGGGUCUCCACCUGCCUCAUAUCGAUGCUGCUGAUCGUCUACGGCAGCUUCCGGUCGCUAAACAUCGAGCAGGAGGCCCGCGAGCGGGAGCAAAAGAAGCGAAAUGAAUCGAUGACCAACCUUCUAACCGGCGAACCCGUCGAGAAGGAACCAAAUCUGUAUUUCACAGCGGACAAAUUCGCCACCUUGGACACGAUGCAUGCCCUGUGUUUGCCGCUUGGAGCUUCCAUCUCACUGCUCAUCAUGUUCUUCUUUUUCGACUCCAUGCAGCUACUUUUUGCCGUCUGCACAGCAAUUAUUGCCACCGUGGCGCUAGCCUUCUUGUUGCUGCCCAUGUGCCAGUACAUCAUUCGGCCGUGCACGGAUGGAAAGCGAUUCUCCUUCGGAAUCUGUGGUCGCUUCACGGCAGCGGAGCUCUUUAGCUUUACGCUUUCAGUGUCUAUUGUGUGCAUCUGGGUGCUCACCGGACACUGGCUGCUGAUGGAUGCAAUGGGAAUGGGCCUGUGUGUGGCCUUCAUUGCAUUUGUGCGUUUACCCAGUCUAAAGGUGUCCACGCUGCUGUUGACCGGCCUGCUCAUCUACGACGUCUUCUGGGUAUUCCUCUCCUCGUACAUAUUCAGCACCAACGUGAUGGUCAAGGUGGCCACGCGACCCGCCGAUAAUCCAGUUGGCAUCGUGGCUCGAAAGUUGCAUCUGGGCGGAAUUGUGCGGGAUACACCGAAGCUGAACCUGCCCGGAAAGCUCGUUUUCCCCAGCCUCCACAACACGGGCCACUUCUCCAUGCUGGGAUUGGGGGAUGUGGUGAUGCCGGGACUGCUGCUGUGCUUCGUCCUGCGUUACGAUGCGUACAAGAAGGCGCAGGGCGUCACAUCGGAUCCCACAUUGUCGCCACCCAGGGGAGUUGGCUCCCGGCUGACAUACUUUCAUUGUUCCUUACUGGGUUAUUUCUUGGGUCUGCUAACGGCGACGGUCAGCUCCGAGGUCUUCAAGGCGGCUCAGCCAGCGCUGCUUUACCUGGUGCCCUUUACGUUAUUGCCUCUCUUGCUGAUGGCCUAUCUGAAGGGCGACCUGAGGCGCAUGUGGAGCGAGCCGUUUAUCGCGCAACAACCAUCAAAACAAUUGGAAGUCUGAGUGUACUCUAUCUAAAAGCAAAGAAAAACAAAAACAAACAACGUGAAAAACACACACACAAGAUCUAAUACUAACGUUUGUCUCUUAAAUAACGUAUUGAGUAUGUAUUUUUUAACUCAACUUAACUAAGUUUGGUUUUAAGUUAGGUUAACCUCGUUUUCUUAGUGAAAUAAAAUCAAAAACCGAAUAAAUAUAGUUUUUAGCCUAAGCGGAAAGGUUUUAUAUAUUCUCAUAUAUAUGUACGACAUACACGAGUUCAUUCAAAUCGGCUUUAAAGUCUCCAAUCAUGCAGAUAAUAAGCGAGUAGGGCAAAGAUCAAGCUAAAUAUUAGUUACAGUUCUAAGGCAUUACUAAUAUCUCUGUAAGCGAAUACGCGAAACAAUAGCAAAAAGACUAGAAGACCGUUUGAGAUUCGAAUUUCAACCACACAUCCACUCGAAAUCUGUUCCGGGCAGUAUGUUCUGUAAAUACUUAAGUUAACGUAUGCAUAACUAUGGAUAUCUACGUAUGUGUAUUGAUAACAAACCACCAUGCAACAAAUAAUAGUUAGUAAGCUCGCCUUCAUAAACAUUUAUUCGCUAUUCGUUUCCGUUUCACAUGCCCAUUUCCGUCCUUCGAUUUCCUUCUUUUUUCCCUGAAUUUUUCCCACACUAAACUCACAACCAUAAUAAUGUUUUGCCAAAAUGCGUGUGUUCGUUGCAAACAAUAAAUAAAUGAUAUACAACAACUGUUGCACUGCGUGUGUUUCACAAAAAUUAAGUUUCACGAUUUUUAAUUAUUUACUAUUAAUGCGGCUAACAAUAAAUAAUUACUGUAUGCAUAUGGAAACGAUAGUUACAUAGUAAUUUUAAGUAAAUGCAAUUUCGAAACGUAUAGAAACAAUAAAAAUGUGAGAUUUAACCAAA